UCUACAUCAGUUAUAAGCACAGGCACGAUGAAUUAUUACACUGCAAAUGAAGCAUGCAAGAAACAGUGCAAUGAUUUUGAUAAACCUCGUCAUACGCCUCGUAUCCUGGGGCGCAGAUUUGCGUUGACUGCGACAGGUUAUAAAUAUUUGGAUGUUGGAAUCAGCGUGUCUCAUGUGCAAAUCAUUCUUGCUGAUAAUCGAGGAAGUCAAUUAAUAUUGCCUCAUGCGACAUGGGCAGCGUUCAUCGAAAGACGUGAAGCUGUGGAACGAUUUUUACCAUCGAACAUCGCCUCAUCGCUGUCGAUUCGCGAGUUGGUGAUUGAGCGUGUUAAGAUGUACGAUGAAAACAUGGUAAAAUUAACAUUACACAGAAACUGCUUGUACAUGAAACCUCAAACUUUAUUAUUUCUAUUCGAAAUCGAAACUUGUGUAGACCUUGUAUAUUUCGAAUUAUGCCAGAAUACGCAUAGUGUAGGUGAAAAAUAUAAGACCUUCGUAAAUACUAUAAAAUCCAAUUGUAUUAUUGAUAGGCGUGAUGCAAUUAAAAUCUUACAUAAAGUUUCAGAUAAAACUUCGCUUAUUGAUUGUGAAUUAUUAGCUUUUGCUAUGGAUAAUAUUUUAUAUGAUGCGUUACCAUAAUGUACAUGUUACGAUAAAUAUAUAUUUGUUCAUAAACAUUUUUUAUCCAUUCUUUAUUCCUAUCCUCUUCGAUCUCAUAAUAAUUAAACCUCAAUCGAAGAUCAGUCUUUUCACCAUUGUAACUAGGGAAGGAUGAAUAAAGAGAAUCUUCGGUUUUAAUCAUUUUAAAUGCUCUUAAUUCCCUCAUCAUCUCCUGUCGACAUCAUGCGCGUAUUAUUUUCCAUGGCACGAGUCAUGAGGUCAAGCGCCGAAACCUGGCUGCUGACGGCGACUUCCUUAUCAAGGUGCAUGAUGUCAGAGAGUUCCGCGUUUAUACUUCAACGGUGAAGUC